AUGGGCCAUUCUUCGAUAGAACCGAAAAUUAGGCGCAUUUUCCAGUGGUAUGGUAAUUUUGCCUAUCGGUGGCGUUGGCUGCUAUUUAUCGUCCCUCUCUUAAUCACUCCUUUAUUCACGAUUGGCUUUAUUAGACUCAACACUUUAAAGAUAGAUGACCCAACAUACGUAUUUACACCUCGCGAUGCACGCUGGCGGUAUGAACUGAAAACAUUUUCGACUUUGUGGCCUCUAAAUGAUAACAAAUUUUUGCCCGGAAAAUCAUUCGAGAUUAAACGUAUUAUUGAUAUUCUAAUACGUGCUGCCGAUCACGGAGAUAUACUUCGAACAGACAUUCUAGAAGAAAUUGAAGAAUUAAAUAAAUGGAUUAUGCUCAACAUAACGAUACCUAGUGCAAAGGAAGAUAUCAUACUUUCAUAUCAAGAUCUUUGUUUAAAUUACGAUUGGAUUUGUGGUGCAAACGAACAUAUAUUAAUGCUAAAGGAUAGAAUCAAACUAGGGAAAUUGAUUGAUUUAAGCUUUCCUAAAGGUGGCAACAAGGACACACCUAUUUAUUUGGGAACUGUACUUGGCGAUAUAACACUUGAGCCAAAGAAUAGCACAUUAAAAAAUGUUGGCAUAACUCGGCUAUCGUAUUUCCUGAAACAAGAACCAAUUUCUGCUCUUCAGUAUUCGUCGCAAUUUGCCUAUGCAGUUGAAAAAUUUUUGAAUAAUUAUAAAAGUAAUAAACUAAUCAUAACGUUCGCUCAUAGUCAUUCACUUGAGGAUGGAUUAGAACAAAAUGCGAAACAUUUUACGCCGAAUUUCAUAUUCAGUUUUGUCAUUCUAUCUUUUUAUGCAAUUAUUUUUUCUUUUGUACUGAGAAAGAACACUAAAAAUCAAGGAAUUGAUUGGAUUCGUAGUAAACCUUAUGUUGCAUGCGCAGGCCUUUUCACAACAGUACUUGCAGUGUGCAGUGGUUUUGGUAUGAUGCUUCUCUUAGGAGUCCCUUACAAUGUUAUUAACACCAUUAUCCCUUUUUUAUUAAUAGCCAUUGGCAUUGACGAUAUGUUUAUUAUGAAUGCAUGUUGGAAUCAAACAGCACAAUCACGUUCAGUUGCUGAAAGAAUGUCGGAUAUGAUGGCCCAUGCGGGUGUCGCUAUAUCGAUAACAAAUAUUACUGAUAUAUUAUCAUUUGCAAUCGGAUGCAUUAGUGAACUUCCCGGUAUACAAUUCUUCUGUAGCUAUGCUUGUAUUUCAAUCGCUUUCUGCUAUUUAUAUCAGUUGACAUUCUUUACUGCUUUCAUGGCGAUUAUGGGCAAUUUGGAAGAACGAAAACGUCACUGUCUAUUUUUCUAUAGGUUGACUAAUGAUAUGAAGAAAACUUCAAAAGCUACAAUAGAUGCAGAAAUUUCGAAGUGCAGAAAUGGAAAUCAAGAGCAAAUCAAUCAUUCACAACGUGUUAAAUCUUUAAGCGGCAGUUCAACAGUUUCUUAUAUUUCUGAAAUCACUGCUGCGAGUGGCAAAUCCAAACAUCUUGUCCACAUAUCUCAAAAAGGCAAAUUAAAUGGAAACAAAAGCCAAUCUAAGAAAGGUUGGAAAAUUGUGUGCAAAGGAAAUAGUUUAAAGGAAAGGACUGAACGCCCAUCAAAGAACCGAAUAAAACCGCUACAAGAUCAUAAAGAUUCGGCACAGACAACUGAAGCGAACACUUUUCGAUAUUUUUUCAGCAAUAUUUUUGCACCAAUUUUGCUCAGAUCCGAAGUUAAAGCAUUGAUUUGUAUUUUUUACACUGCUUUUAUAGGAUUCGCACUAGUAGGAUGCUUGAAUUUUAAGGAGGGAUUGAAUCCUGAAAACCUUGUCACAAAUGACCAUUAUAUAGCUCAUUAUUUUCAUGAAUUAAAAAAAUUUUGGGUCAUCGGUCAACAACUUAAUGUCGCUAUAAUAAACCCUCCUAAUUUAACUAAUUCAGUAAAUAGAGAUUUAAUAUUUAAUGUUGUCAGUUCGUUUGAAAACACUGAAUAUACAAUAGGACGAGAAGGAACAGUUUUCUUUUUAUUAGAAUAUCUCAAUUAUUUAGAUGAAUUAAAUGCUGAAACUGAAGACACUUCAAGAAUUUGGGAUAUAAAACUUAAACGUUGGCUUAAAUAUACUGGUGGAAGCAAUCAGUGGGCAGCGGAUAUAAAAUACAACGAAACGGAUGCAUCGUUUCAAGCUUUCCGAUUUCAAAUAACUAUGAAAAAUAUCAUCGAACCGAACGAUCAUAAAAUAGCAACGAAAUUACUACGAGAAAUAGCCGAUCGACAACCAUUCCAUGUUCAAAUUUACCAUGAAACAUUCCCGUUUGCUGAUCAAUACUUAAUAAUAGUGCCAGCAACGAUUCGAAAUAUAAUUAUCUCGAUAAUUUGCAUGGGCAUUGUUGCGCUUUUGCUUGUGCCCAAUAUCUUUUGCUGUAUUUUGAUAAUUUAUUCGAUAAUAUCAAUAAAUAUCGGCGUCUUUGGAUAUAUGACAUUUUGGAGAGUCAAUUUGGACGCUGUUUCAAUGAUAUCGAUUAUUAUGAGCAUUGGAUUUGCUGUUGAUUUAUCUGCACAUAUUACAUAUGCGUUUGUUACAUCAACAGGUAAAACAAAUCGUCGUGUAACUCACGCGCUUGAAUCGCUCGGAUGGCCUAUUUUUCAAGGUGCCACUUCUACGAUUGCUGGUAUUACGAUUUUAUAUUUUGUGGAUGCCUAUAUAAUUUUAACAUUUUUUAAAACAAUUUGGUUAACAAUGGUUAUUGGCCUUACCCAUGGUUUACUAUUUUUACCCGUCGCUCUGAGUUUCUUUCCAAUUAAAUGCUUAAAUACGCCAGAUGAUGUUGUAUUGUAA